AUGUCAUACAAUCAAUUUCCCAAUCGGAGACGAGUGAUACAAGCAUGCGUAAACUGCCGUAUGCGCAAGACGCGCUGUGACGCUGUCCAGCCAAGAUGCGGCCUCUGUGCUUCUCAGAAUGUCGAUUGCGUCUAUCGAGAUGCGAAACAACCCAAGAUUGACUAUAACACUCAGGUCCUCCUGGAGCGGAUGCAGCUUCUCGAGGAUCGCAUUCUAUCGUCGAAGUCAGCAUCGCAGAGUCAGAGAGUUCAGCCGGAAGCCUCACCUACGAGCCAUCAUGAUCCACAGCAUGACUCAACCAUUGAGGGCCGAGAGCCUGUGUUUGAAGUUCAAAUACCGCUGUCGCAUACAGCUAACGCGAAUCACGUUUUCUCAUGGAGCUUGGUUCAGACCCUUCUCUCAGAGAACGGCGCAGAUGAACAGGACUUGCUGAGAUAUGCAGAUGCAACCGAAGUCUUCUUCCAAGAGCAGCAGAACAACCAACAUCCGUCGACAACGUCACAGCCUCCUUCCUCGUGGAAGCUCUACGACAGCUCAUACUGCAGAUCGUCUCUUUAUGACAAUGUAGGACGGCUGCGCGAUUUGAUCCACCUCUACUUUACAAAAGUCAACAUCUUCUUCCCUCUGUUAUUGAAGAUCGAUAUUCUCAAGAUCUUCGAUAUAGUAACAGCUAGGGAGUUUUACGGAGAGAAUGACACACCGAUGGUUGAUAUGCCGCGAUAUGGCCUGCUUCUUGUGGUUCUUUGCCUGGCAUUGUUGAGUUCGAGUGGACAGUCUGACAUAUGCCUCGAAGCUAACCAUAAAACAUUCCCAAACAGCUCGAAUAAUCUGGAGGAUCAGCUGAGAAGUGAAUUAUGGUGCAAGGCAAGAUUGAUACUGGGUUACAUCUCGACUGAUAUGUCGUUAGAGGCUGCUCAGGCCAGUAUGCUCACAAGCAUCUACAUGGGUGCUUCGGGUGCAGUAGCAGAAGCUUUCCACUGGGCACACGCAACAGCUGUCAAGUGCGAGACCAUGGCCCGAUUACAAGCAAAGAGCGAGACUGUCUCUGAUGGCUUCCGUCGUUUGUACUGGAUAUCCUUCAUAUACGAAUGUGAUUUCAUAUCCGAGAUAUCUAUUGUGUCGCCGUCUGGUAUAGCACGAUAUGAAGACAAAAUUCCAUACCCAGCCUUCAAUGCCGAAAGCCACCCCAUCUCGCCAUCCGUGCCAGAUUCAUCAGAAGCCAGCACGAUAAGAAGUCAGGAAGAGCUUGUCGCAUUUCAGAUCACUACAAACUCAGCCAUCAGACGGUUUCUGAACACUGUCAACAGUGUUGUUUACGAUGACAAGGAGCAGUUCCGGACGAGGCGAUCCAACUACGCAUCUUGGCUGCUCAGAAUAUCGGAAGAUCUCUGGUCGCAUCACUCUGCCAUAUACCGCAAUCUCCCCGAAUUUCUCCUUAGCAAUCCAUCUCAAGAUGUCCCUAUGACAGGUGCUGAUACAAGUUCACCUGCAAGUCUUCAAUCCCCAACAGCGCGUAUUCAGGGCAUACCAGUCGGCAAUGACUCAUGGAACAUCUUGAGACUCAAGGGGCGAUACUAUGCAGGCCAAUAUAUUAUACACAGGCCUUUCAUCGAAUUCAUUGUCCUCAACAUCGAUAAUUUUGAGUCUCAUCCUUGCAAAGAGGCAGUUCUGAAACGAUCCAAGUCUUGUUUGGAUGGGUGUUCGGGGUUCAUCAAGGUAUUUGAUGUUCAGACGGUAAAUAGUCUGACGUGUUUGUUCCCUACUGGCAUGGUUACCUUCACCAUGACCAUUAUCUUGAUGGUGGCAACCAUCUUUCCGAUAUUUAAGGACCUACUGCCUGACGAUGUGGAGGAUGUGAUUUUGGCUGGGAAGAGGAACCUCGCUCGAUUCAGCCAGAGUGUGGCAGAGUUUUCAUGGCACAUGGAGAUACUAGAGAGGCUCGAUGGGGCACGGCAAAAACGAAUAGCAAGGCAGGAGGGAUAG